UUGUUGCCUGUGUGGUGUAAGAACAUCACUGAAAAAGUGAAAAGAAAAGAAGAAAGAAAACAUCAAUAUGUUUCACAUUUUCUCACUUUAACAAAAGCUGGCUCAGUUUCAGAAUAAAUUAUCAUUGCAAACAGAUCUUACUUUCCAAAAGGUUGUCUUAUUUUCUCUAGAUGUUGAUGUCUUAUUAUGUUAAAAUAUUAUCACUGCAGUUUUCAUUGGAAUAAAUCUAACUUGUCAAGCUCUCUUUUACGGUGACAGACAGAGCAAGAAGACAACAACCGAGAAUCAAUUUCUAUCUUAACAAUUAUAGUGAAAGAAUAUAACUAAUUGAUAUACUAUACAGAUCAUAUCAAGGAACGUUUAGGCGUUGGUGAUACAGCAGCUACGUACAAGAGAAAAUGUUCCACCAGGAUUUGGAAAACAAAGAGCACUUGACGCUGCUGAAAAGUUCGUGAAGGCUGCCUCGCUUGUGCAACAAAUGUUACUGCAUGUGCUGUGUACAAUGCUGCACUAAGCUCAAUGAUCAAUGUGACCUUGUCUUCACCGCGAUUACUUGCAUCGCUUGCUUUGAAUGUUGCACAAGUAUUUGUUUGUGCCUGUGGUGGAGAAGACUAGUUCUAAAAAUGAUUUUAAAAAAGCUUCAAAGUAAGUUUGUAUAGUUACGUUACACGCAACAUUUAAUUUAUUUACGGCCUGGUCAUAUAUAAAAUCCUUAUAACUUCAGGAGAGAAAGUGUAAAGAACAGACAAAUCCAUGUGUUUUCCUUCAACUACUUGCUGGAUGUUGAUCUCUUAAGCCAUUUUUAUACAAUAAAUUAUGUGAUUUUGGUGAAUCAACAUUCAACAAAGUCCUCAAAGAUGGGAUCAAGUGUUAUAUAAAUGGUGAUUUCGAGGGUUUAUGGAAACUUGAACCCAAAUUUUUAUUUGCUGGCGUAUUGCUGGCUUCAGGUAUUUGUGUUUACUGUGUCUUUAAAAACACGGGACCACUAUGAUCAUCUGUAUCUCCUGAUACUAUUCAAGGAGAUAAAAGAUCAUCGACAAAAAAAGAAAAUUUUCUUGGUGCACACACAUACAUGUUCUUAUUUAUAUAUAUGUCUUUUGAAACAUGAAGAUUUUUAGUUGGGUUCAGAAAAAACUUAAUGGAAAGAAACAUGAGUUAACUUCAGCUCAAGAAUUAUCAGGACCUGCUUUGAGUAAAAGUUGGUCUCAAGACGAAGAAACCUUUCUAGCCAUUGGUACACUUGGAAACAGCCUCUGCUCCAAGGAAGAAGAAGAUGAUGAAGUAGAUUUUAGCAAAGAUCUCACUGCGGUCAACACAGAUGUUACUAUCAGGAAGAAGAAAUCACUCUCUUUUCUUCUCAAGAAGAUGUUUGUUUGCACAAGUGGCUUCAAGACUCCACCUCCUCUUCUUGAUUUGUCUAGAGGAGAUUCAUUUCCCAAUACACCUAUGGAAAAGAUGUUAAGGACAAUACUCAACAAGAAAAUACAUCCACAACGUUCAAAUGCUAUAGCAAAGAAGUAUUUGGAGAAUCAUAAAAUUAUAGAAGAAGCUCGUUCAAGUGUUGACGCCGACAAAUGGGUCAAGACUGAUUCUGAAUUAUGUAAGCAAAUUUGA